GUAGUACGGGGGCCGGGGUAGGUGGACCUGGCCACCUUGUGAUGGCAGUUGGGCGUUCUUUGGGCUCCUCUUCUUCAUCCACCCCUCUCUCUCUCUCUCUGUGUCUCUGUGCUUCCUAAUUGGGCGAUCCAACUGAUCUCUCACCUUUUUGCUCUUCGUCUUCAAUCCAUCUUCUUGUGCUUCUUCGGCACGCAGAGAGUUUCUUUGUGUUUCAUAGCAGAUAAGAAAGUGCUUUUGUAUGGCCGCCAGCUCGAGGACUUCUGGGAUCGCUGGGAUCGGCAAGCGAGUUAUCUCUCAGAUCUGGAGCCCCAACUCCCCCCGCCCACCUCCUCCCUCUCUUGCUCUCAGGAGAGCUGCCCACACAUCCGUGUAUGACAAGAACCCAGAGGAUCAAGUCGCAUCGACCGUGGUCCCUGAUGAAGUGAUUGACGCUCCAUCCGACAAAUACUGGGCUCCCCACCCCAAGACCGGGGUGUUUGGGCCUGCGACUGACCAUCACCUCCGUGCCCACGGCGAGCUUCCUAAGCCUGGUGAUGCCGAGAACUCGGUGCUGGAGGACACUGCUUGGUUCCGCCCCACUAGCCUCGAGGAUCUUGAGAAGCCUCCUCACCAGUAAAUUAGUACAUGGGUCCAACCGCUAGCUAUCAUAUGCAAGCCACCUCGGUGUCAUCCUUGAGAAGAAUAAUUCGUUUGUAGCUGUAAUAUAUAUUUAAGUACUGAAGAUGUGGAUUUGAGCUUGAUAGCUUGCAAGUAUCGCUCCUACCCAUCAAAGUAGGAGCUACAUCUUGUACCUAUGGGAUUGUUGUAUUUUUCCUGGAGUUUGGUAUAAGAUGUUCGGAUGUGCCUACUUUAUUCUUCA